AUGGGUUGCAACAUCGAGGAGUAUGAAGACUAUAUUCUAAGCUACGUCGGACAAAAGAAAGGAUUAUAUGGAGUUGGGUUUCUUAUAAAAAAGAGUUUUAAAGACAAAAUAUUAAACUUCACUGGAAUUUCUGAUAGGGUUGCUAUGCUGCAAAUAAAAUUAGAAAAUCAGACCCUCUCUGUAAUUCAGGUAUAUGCUCCUACGGAAAGAUCUCCUGACACGGAGGUAGAAGAAUUUUACAACAACCUUAGACAAGCUCAUAACUUAACUGAAGGCAACGUACUAAUUAUUGGUGAUUUCAACGCUAAAAUAGGACAAUGUAAGAGCGAAGAGAACAUCGUACUUGGAAAAUACGGAAGCGCUAAGAGAGGAUUCAACGAAUUGAAACUGUACAAAUCUUGGAUACAAAACCUUGAAACAAAUCACAACACGACAAAAACAAGACAGGACAUCCUGGAGCAUGCUACUUCAUAUUAUAGACAGUUAUAUGCAAAACGAGAUGAGGACAGUGAAGAGAAAGAUAAUGAAACCGAGGUGCUCCAACAUACAACAGUAAAGUUAAUAGACGAAAAAGAACUGUACCAGGUCAUCAAGAAGCUAAAAACUCAAAAAAGUCCUGGCUCAGAUGGAAUCAGUAAUGAGGCACUCAAGCUGGGUACACCCGUCUUACUCUCUCAUCUGACACAACUAUUUAACAUGGUGCUGGCAGAAGAAAUAGUUCCAAAACAAUGGUGCACAUCAGAAAUUGUACUACUGUACAAAAAAGGAAACCCAAAGGAUAUUGGAAAUUAUAGACCAAUCAGUCUACUGAAUAGUAUAUAUAAACUCUUUGCUGCAGUGCUAUUACAAAGAAUAGAAAGGGACAUAGAAAAGGGGCAGACUAUAGAGCAGGCUGGCUUUCGCUCUGGAUUUAACACCCUCGACCAUAUACAAACGCAAAGCGUUUGA